GACACUAUUGGAAAGUCAAACUCUCGAGUACAAAUCAGUGGAUAUUCUCUGCAGUUUAUCAACACUGUUGAUGUUUACAUUAUUGGAAUAAAACUGAUUGAUGUAGGUAUAUCUCUCAAAGGCACAGAAAAUGUCACUCUUCAUCAGGUGGUUGUUGAUGGCCCCAGAACUGCAGUUAGUUUGCUUAACACCAUAGAUACCAACAUAUCUUGCUGCAUCUUGAAGAAUACCGGCUGGACAGCGUUGACUCUGCGAAACACACAUAAUACCAGCAUAUGUAACACCACUGUGAAUAACACCGGAUGGAAUGGAUUUGACUUCUUCAACACAUCAAAAACUGGAAUAUUGUAUACCUUGGGCAUCAAUAGCACUCGGUGGAAUGGAAUUGAACUACGACAGACAAAUUCUACAUUCAUAUCAUGUUCUAUUGUAAACAGCACAGGUUGGAACGGAAUUGAAAUACGACAGGCAAACUUUACGGUGACAUCUUGUUCAACUGUUAACAGCACAGGAUGGAAUGGAAUCGAG